AUGGCAAAUCUCCAGAGAGCUGAGUUCGUGACUUCACAGAGAGGUGGACAGCAGUUACUGUAUGCAGGCUACCGGUACAGGCUCAAUGUCAAGCGACAGGUUGCUACACACUGGAAGUGUGUCCUCACAGGAUGCAAUGGUCGCAGCAGCACCAUCGGAGACCACGUAGUGUCCUCCACUAUUCACAGCCACCCACCCUUUGAGAAUGGAGAACACAUCCGACUCGUCGCCCGUGUAAAAGAGCGUGUAAAGACUGACAUCUCACCGGUGCUGCAGAUCUACAACAACGAGCUCGACCUCCUUGAUGAAGAUGAUGCCGCAACUGCACCCACGUACUCUAAUAUUCAGGCCGCACUGUACAGACACAGAGCUAAGUCCAUCCCACCACUGCCUGAGAGCAGGGCUGGCGUCACUCUAGAAGGAAUAUGGACCCAGACCGAUGAUGGCCGAGAGUUCCUCUGUGUAGACGACGGUGAAGAUGACAGACUUUUGCUGUUUGCUACAACCGAGAUGCUGGAAUUAUUGAGCGACGCUGACAUUCUCUUUAUGGAUGGUACAUUCUUUGUGUGUCCUAACCUGUGGCUACAAGUGUACAUCAUUCAUUGUCUGGUGAAUGGUAAAAUGUUUCCUGUCGCUUUUGCGUUGCUUCCCAACAAGACCAAGCGGACGUAUGUUAGGCUUUUCACUUUGCUGAAGGAUAUUGUUGUGAGACGACUUGGCAUCGAACUUUCACCAGAAAUAUUCCAGAUCGACUAUGAAGCAGCAGUUAUCAGUGCUAUUAGUGAAGUCUUCCCCGACAGUUCCGUCCGAGGUUGCCUAUUCCAUUAUUCUCAAGCUUUGUGGCGUCAAGUUUUGGAGAGGGGACUGUCUCGCGACUACAUGAACAACCCAGCAGUCAAGCCCACGUUCGACGAGCAGCUGCUUUGCCACUCCUUCCCUGAACCAGGUCCAAGAUGCUUGGUUUGA